AUGCUAAUGGUGUUAAGUCUUCGUCACAAUAGAGCUUACCACGCGGCGGCUUUGCUGUCUCCAAGUAAUAUCCUACUGACCGCCCCGCGGAACUGGGCGAGGUGGCAGGCGGCCGACAGGUGUUAUUUACCUGAGAUAGGAGCUCACCUGUGCCCGUACCCCAGCAACUCUAAUUACCUGGAGCAGGGGCCGAGGCAGCACUUAGUGAUGGAGUUGUCCAGAUCAGGAUGCUAA